GAGAUUGGCUGAUAGCGCUAUUUACGUCAUGACGUCAGUGACGUCAGUGUACAGAGAGAGAAGCGGAAGAUGGCGGGGCGCGGAAAACGAAAAGCGAAAUCUACAGCACAGGGGUCUGGAUUGGCCAAGCGAGCAUCACCUGAAGGGGUGGAGCCAAAGGCAGCAUCAGUACCUGAGCAGGUGAGAGAGGAGGUCGAGCAUCUGUACAGUCUGCGUAUGCCAGUCGACUUCUACCAUUUCUGGGAUUUUUGCAGCCGACUGCGCCCGGAUAACCCACAAGUUGCUCUGCAAGACUCAGUGGGUGUGCGGUUAGUUGGGCCAUUUGAUGUUGUGUUUGGUAAACACACUCAUGUGUCCUCAACACCCAACUUCCACCUUCACUGGAGACAUUAUUUUGACCCUCCUGAGUUUCAGACGGUCCUCCAGGGGGACACGGCUACUGACCUGCACUUGGGAUAUUACAGAGAUAGUCCUGAGGCCCUGCCGGUAUUUGUAGGGGAGAAUGAGGCGAAGAAGGGCUGUACCAUCACACAGAUGGGGGAGAACCUCUUUGCUGCAGUGUUGCUAUUAUUAGGCAGGAAGAAGCGUGAGCGAAGUGGGCGGGGCAAUGAAGCUCUGGAGAAAUUGGAGGUGGAGUUAAGGAAGGAGGCAAAACAUCUGGGUUUGCCACUGGAGCAGAAAACCAAAGCCAUGAAGCAGAGAGACAGGACGGUGGUCUGUAAGACAUUUCAUGGUGCUGGCAUUGUGGUGCCUGUUGAUAAAAACAACGUGGGAUAUCGAGAACUCCCUGAGACUGACGCUGGACUGAAGAGGAUCUGUAAGGCGAUAGUGGAGGCUGAGAAUGAUGAUGAGAGGAUGAAAGCCUUUGCUCCUCUACAGGAAAUGAUGACGUUUGUGCAGUUUGCUAAUGAUGAGUGUGAUUAUGGAAUGGGCUUCGAACUCGGCAUCGACCUCUUCUGUUAUGGCUCACAUUAUUUUUCUAAGGUGAUUGGCCAGCUCCUGCCCAUGGCUUACACGUUGCUUCAGCGGGGUGUGUUUGCUGAUAUCAUAAAGGCUCACCUGGCUAACCGUUCCCAUGACAACCUUGAUCAGCUCGCAGCUGUAUGAUUGGGUGAAGUCACGUCCAUGUAUGUGUUUGGGAAAGUGCUGCAUUACAGCAAGUACACGUCAGUGAGGAGUUCGACACACACAACACUUCUCAUUUCCUAUUUGUGUCUCUAUCCUAGUUUAUCUUUUAAUUCUCAAUAAAAGUUCUUCACUGUGACCUUCA